AUGGAGAACGACGACGAGUCCAGCCGCUCGAGCGGAUCAUCAAACCACAGCAAUACUGAGGAACUGGAAGAACCUACAAUCGAAGCAGUCCAGAUCGCAGCACGAAAAGCCUUGAACCCAGACCAUGACAUUGCCUGUCGCCGGUUCGCAGAAGGCACUCACCAUGCCGUCUACGCCAUCGGAGACGACCAUGUCGCACGCUGCUUGCCAAUCUCCGAGAAAGCCAUCAAGAGUCUUCGUCGGGACGGUGCGGUUCAGAACCUGGCGAAAAGAUCUAUGUCCAAGCCAGAUAUCGUGUCAGAAGUACUGGAGACUCCAUUGAUUGUAGACGGAUGGCAGGGAAAUCUUGAGAGAAGAUUGCAUGGCAUAUGCCUGCAGGACUCGCAGCCGACCGCGAAAACUGAGGCGGAUCUGGCCCAGCUGUUGAUCGACUUGAGGGCGGUGGAUGUUGGCGAGGCCUUAGCUGCCACAGCUUACCAAGAGAGCAAAGUCAACAUCAAAGCCAGGGUUGGCAAGACUAUUCGAGCGUGGGAGGAGCUGGUGCAGAAAGGCCAUGCUGUUGAUCCUGAGGCGAAAUUGUCGAGCAUGUUGAAAGAAAAACUUGAAGGCUUAUCGAAAGUUUCCGAAGGACUCUACCAGCCAGCGCUGCUGCACGCCGAUAUCAACACCGAGAACGUCCUCGUCGAUCCCAAAGACGGCUCCAUCACCGGUGUUCUUGACUGGUCUGAUGCCUUCGUUGGCGACCCCUGUGUCGAGUUCUCUGGUGUCAUCUUCGCCAUUGGCGUCGAAGGGGCAAGGAGAGUUGGUGAGAAAGUCGGUUUAUCCGCGGUAGAGAUCGAACGAGGAUGGCUGUACACCAUGACUGAGAUGAUCAGGGAUUUGAGAAAGUGCUUGUGUGGUGAGAAGAGAGAUGAGCAUCUGACGAUGUUGUUGAAGGGGGAAUGGGGGAGGGUGUUUGAAGGGACUGGUUUUGAGGGGCUUUUGCGAUCUGAGAGGUCUGCAGCUUAA